AUGAACGCCGAUGACCAGCAGCUCGAGGCCGUGCUCGUGGCCCUGACGGCCCCGGACACGAGCCGCAUCAAGCAGGCCGAGGACGCGCUGAAGCCCGUGCUCAAGAAGAGCGCCUGCGUGGGCGCGCUCAUGACGCAGGUGGCGUCGUCGGGCAACGUCGCCGUGCGCCAGAUCGCGGCCGUCAUCCUCCGCAAGAAGAUCGUCAAGCUCUGGAAGAAGCUCAAGAAGAGCGCCCAGACCCGCGUCAAGGCCGCGAUCCUCGAGCGCCUCGGGAGCGAGCCGGAACGCGCCGUCCGCAAGUCCGUCGCGGCGCUCGCGUCCGCGCUGGCCAAGGUUUUGGUGCCCCACAACAAGUGGCCCGAGCUCCUCGCCUUCAUCUCCCAGUGCGCGACGGCGGCGACGAGCCCCCAGCACCGCGAGCUCGCGUAUUUGCUCCUCCUCCAGCUGUCCGAGACCGUCGCGACGUCGCUGAGUUCGCAGCUCGGCCAGCUCGCCCAGCUCUUCCGCGCGGCGCUCGGCGACGAGGAGCGCGCCGUGUCCGUCAUGGCCCUGCGCGCCUGCUGCGCCUUCGUGUCGACGCUGUCCACGGACGACGACGCGAUGCUCUUUCGGGAUUUGGUGCCGCCGAUGGUCGUCGUCGCGCGGUCCGCGGCGCAGCAGCGCGACGACGCCGUGCUCGUCCAGUUCUUCGACGCCUUUGCCGAAUUGGCGCAGACGCCCGUGCCCGUGCUGGCGCCCCACGUGGGCGACGUCGUGCCGCUGCUCCUCGACGUCAUGCGCGCGGGCGACGACGACCUCGAGCGCGCGACGCGCGACGGCGCCGCGUCCGUCAUCGGCGCGCUCGCGGAGUGGAAGCCCAAGCUCCUGGGCAAGGUCGGCCUCGUGCCGACGAUCGUCCAGACCUGCGUGGGCAUCAUGGUCACCGCGGACGCGUCCGCGCGCGAGGGCGGCGGCGCGGGCGCGCUCUUCGUGUCGACGCCGCUCCAGCGCCUGCGCCAGGAGGAGGCGGCGCUGGCCAAGGCGGCGAAGAUCGCCGCGGGCCAGGUCGUGCUCGGCGGCGACGACGACGACGACGAGGCCUACGAGGGGCCGUCGUCCCAGGAGGUCGCGCAGACGACCUUGGACCAGAUCGCGCUCCACGUGCCUUUGAAGUGGUCGCUCGAGCCGACGCUGGGCCUGGCCAUGCAGUGCCUCGAGGACGCGAACCCGUCGACGCGGCGCGCGGGCGCCGCGGCCGUGGGCGUCGUCGCCGAGGGCUUCCAGGACGCGCUGCGGGAGCACCACCUCGGCGAGGUGCUCCAGCGGCUCGCGAACGCCGCGGCGGCGAACUCGGAGCCGGCGACGCGCGAGUGCCUCUGCUUCGCCUACGGCCAGCUCGCGGAGCACUGCCAGCCGGAGAUCGUGGGCCACGCGGCGGCCGUCGUGCCCGUCGUCUUCGAGUUCCUCAACGACGCGCGCGCCGCGGUCGUCGGCACGUCGUGCUACGUGCUCGAGAUGUUCUGCGAGUCGAUGGACGCGUCGCAGCUGGGCCAGCUCCUCGAGCCGCUCAUGGCGCGGCUGCUGCCGCUGCUGGGGCACCAACUAUUGGGCAUCCGCGAGAUGGCCGCGGCGGCCGUGGGGUCCGCGGCCAUCGCCGCGGCCGACGGCUUCGGGCCCUACCUCGACGUCGCCGCGCCGCCGCUCGCGGCCAUGUGCGAGCUCGGCGAGGAGCGGGCCUGGGAGCUGCGCGGGCGCUCCCUGGAGGCGCUGGGCCACGUCGCCCUGGCCGUGGGCGCCGCGCGCUUCGCGCCCUACCGCGACCGCGCGCUCGCCGCGGCCGCGCAGAAUUUGGAGCUCGAUUCGACGGAGCUCGCGGAGUAUUCGUACGGCUUCUUCGCGAACGCGGCCAAGGUCAUGCGCGGCGACUUCGGCCCGCUCCUGCCCCAGCUGGUCCCCCACCUGCUCGACGUCGUCGCGCGCAAGGACGGCGCGUCGCUGGACUUCGCGGACGACGACGAGGACGACGAGGGCGGCGGGGGCUUCGACGCCGCGUUCCUCGAGGACGGCGACGACGACGACGAGGAGCCGCGGGAGCCCGGCGACGCCGACGAGUGGGAGGACGACGUCGAGGACGAGGAGAGCGACGACGACCUGGCGGGCCACGCGGUCAUGACCGUGCGCACGGCGAUGAUGAACGUGAAGCGCGCGGCGAUCGUCGCGCUCGGCAACGUCGCCGAGUACACGGAGGGCCACUUCGCGCCCCACCUCGACAAGUCGCUGGACGUGUUGCGGGUCAUGGUCGACUACUUCCACCACGAGAUCCGCGAGCGGAGCGCCAUCGCGCUGCAGCAGUUGGCCCACGCGGCGUGCGUCGCGCACGGCGGGAGCGCGCGCGCGCUGCCCUACGCGCCGCGGACCGCGAACGACGACAAGGAGCCCGUGGCCAUCGCCUGGGCCAAGGGCGACGGCGCGGCGUCCCUGCCGUCGCCCCAGCUCGCGACCUACGUCAACGCGUGCGUCGGCCUGCUCGCGCGCCUCCUCGCGGAGGACACGGCCAAGUCCGUCGUCGCGGUGUCCUGCGAGGCGCUCAACGAGCUCCUGGGCGACGUCGGGCCGGCGGCCCUGAUCCCGGCGCUCCAGCCCAUCGUCGAGGCGACGCUCCAGUUGGCGAACAAGCAGGCGCCCUGCCAGACGCUGCUGGGCGCGGACGACGACGUCAUCGACGCGGUCGCGCGCGGCACGCACGAGGAGGGCGACGACGACGACGAGGACCACGACAACGUGCUCAUGGACAACGUCGCGGAUCUCUGCGGCGCCGUGGCCAAGGUCGGGGGCGGCCUCGUGGGCCACGGGACCGCGGACGCGGUGUUCCAGGCGUUCGCCAAGUACGCGCAGCCCGCGCGGGCCGCGUCGGACCGCGCGAUGGCGCUGGGCUGCUUCGCGGAGCUCUGCGUCGAGCUGCCGCCGGACCUGGCGGCGGGCCGCCACUUCGCCCAGCUCUGGGGGCUCUUCUCGUCCGCGUGCGGCGACGCGCACUCGAACGUCGCGCGGAAUGCGGCGUUCGGCGUCGGCGCGCUCUUCUCCGCCGCGGGGCCGGCCUUCGCGCGGCAGCACAUCCCGGACGCGCUCCACGCCUUGUAUCCCCUCGUGACCAAGGCCGACGGCGCGCCGCCGGAGCGCGCGGCCGCGGACCGCGCGGCCGCGGACAACGCCUUAGCGGCGAUGUGCCGCAUCGCGCAGGCGGAUCUCGAGGCCGCGCCCGUGGACCAGGUGCUGGCCCUCGUGCUGCCGAAGCUGCCCCUCGCCGAGGACGCGGGCGAGAACGCGACGGUCAUGCGGCUGCUGCUGGCCUUGGCGGCGGCGAACCACGCGGCGCUCGCGGCCUCGGCGCCGCGGGUCAAGGCCGCGCUCCAGGCGACGCUCGCCCAGGACAAGAUCGACGACGCCGACAUCGUCGCCCAGUGCACGGAGCUGCUGGCCAAGCUGGGCUAG